AUGGGAGUUGAAGAUGAGUGUGCUCUUUGUGGCCUCCAUCUAGCCGAAUUGCUUCAGCACCUGUUUAUUGAAUGCCCAUGGUCAAAAGCUGCCUGGUUUGCUCACCCUAUGGGAAUUAUCACAGAUGCAGUUCGAGAAGGUUUUCUACAAUGGAUCACAGCGUGGUGCAUAGAGAAAAAACCAGAGGAUCUAGCUUUGCUUUUUCAGGGUACGUGGACUAUUUGGAAGGCUCGCAAUGAUCACCACUUCAAUGGCAAGCUUGCAGACCCAACAAUAGCAAUGCAACGUGCUAUUAGUUCACUUCUGGAAUUGACUGAGGCUCAAGGACAUGAUCAAUCUCCAUGGCUGGACAACGCGGUUAGGGUUUGGAACCCCCCACCUCCAAACAAGCUCAAAGUAAAUUUUGAUGCGGGCUGGACUGGCAACUCAGAAAUAGGUUUUGGAUUGAUAAUUCGUGACCAUGAAUCUCGCAUGAUGGCUGCAACAACUCAUAUGGAACCUUUUCGUUUAGACCCAACUGUAGCAGAAGCAAUGGCCCUGCGUUGGUGUCUCUCUACGAUAGCUGAGCUGGGACUGGAGGACGUAUUAAUCGAGUCAGAUUCUCAAAUGGUGAUCAAAGCCAUGCAGAAGCAGCGAAGCAAACCAGACAUGGAGCCCAUUAUUCAAGACUUCAAGUUCCUGGCUCAAACUUUCAGUUCAAUCUCUUACUCUCAUGUGAAUAGGCAGGCAAAUAAUGCAGCUCAUGUUUGGUGGGAAUCCCCCCUACAGUUGUUGCAGAAGCCAUUUUUGUAG